AUGGAUUGUUUUCCGUGUUUACUGUGCAAAUCGAGGAUCGGAAAGUCCUCACUCUACCGCAAGGGCAUCAAGAAGGUUCAUGAGGGCCGAUAUUUCGAUUCGGAUAUCAUCUUCCGUCAGGUCCUUCAUGAGCACCCAGCUCAGGAGUUUUGGAUGAAAGUGCACAAUGGUGUGCGGCAGAUGGACCUCGUGGAUUUUCCCGAUCCACCCCACGAGACGCUCGGUAAGGGUAUCAAGGAUACGGAGGUGAACCGAUACGAGAUGAUCGAGUUUUCUUUCGAUACUCGUCUUGCACAGGCGGUCGACUUCAUUCGCACAUGCAUGGAUAUCGCUAAUGCAUACUUAAAUCAACCUGAGAACGAGAUCAAUACCAAAAUUGCGAUGUGUUACUACGCCUUUACUAUCACCUAUCUGCUUGAGUUUCUUCAUCUAAUGAUGUUGUGGAAGAGUGAGGUUGGAGAAGCCCUGUUGUCGCAGUCUGAUUCGGCUAACAAUCCUACCGAUAAAUACUUUGCCACACCCCAUGACAUCAUGCAAGUUUUCAAGCAUACAAAGCAUUUAGCAAUUUUUUACUUUGUGAGCGCCACACUUUGCUACACUAUGCUUAGUGUACAGUACAUUCACCGUCUAGAUGGGUCCAAGGAGAAGUUAAAAACACGCAUUCUAAACAACUGCUUGGAGUUAGUGAAUUCUGUACACUAUGUUAUGCGGCGCUUAGCCCUUUUGAUGCCGGAGUCUCCCACGGCACAGGUUUUCCUUGAAAAAAUGCCUGGCCUGGAGUUUUCCAUCUAUGAAGAGCCCGAGGAAGAUGAAGAAAAAAGCACCGCGUGUAGGACCGAAAGCUCUUGCCCAAGAUCGAAAAUUCAAUCUAUCAAGGGGGGUUGGUCAGUCAUUGUGGACGACAUUUCAAGGAAUAGGGGUGUUGAUUCCUUCUUUUUCCAACUAAAAAGAAUACAUCCAGGGAUGAGGAUCGUGCGGGAGCUCCCAAAGAAUCCUCGCGUGCGGUUUCUCAUCCCGACCAAGCUUCCUAGAAAUCGUUUGGCCCAUAUUGAACCGCCGACGGAGCGUAACGCGUUCCAUUACAUCUCAUGUUUUUUAACGGAGUACGUGACGAUAAUACCCGGGCAGAGUGUGCACUACUUGGCGCGGGAGCUGCCGGAGCGGUUCGGGAUCGACGGCCAGUUCCCCCUCAAGCAGACGGUCGGCGAUGCCGUCAAGCCGCAUACGAAUCCGAUGGAGAGUCCAAAGGGGUGCGGCACCAUUGCGGUGAACUUUAAAUCCGAUAGCGUGGCCCACCAGCUCUCCACCCCCGGGACGAAUCACAACGUGUUCAGGCGGAAAACUUCCGUACGCGUUGUGGAAAGUAUCCGGCGUCACCUCAACCUCAACGACUUACGCAUGCUGGCGGUGGUCUGUCUGGAGGAGCUCAUGCUGGUGGGAGCCCCGAUGUGGGUGGUGACGGCUUAUUUGUUAGAAGAAAUGGGAAGGCACGAGCGCGCGAUGGAGUUUAUCCGGCUGAUGACACUUUGCGCUGAUGUGAUGUAUGGGGUAGACUCUUUUGAGUACAGCUUGUUGAUCUCGCUGCGUGAUUUGUGCACCAUUAAGCUCUAG